AUGUCACCAUCUGAUGUCCAAAGUCAAAAAGAGCGCGUUCUCGAUCAAAAGAAACGUCGUCAGAUGGAAGAUCUCAAGGCUGCUUAUCUACUUUCCUGUCUUUCGGUGCAUUCGUUCUGGCUAAAUUUUAAAAAUGAGCCAGAAAAGGAUUUCAAAUACUUUUUGGAAGCUCAUGUUGGUAGUGAUCUUGAAAAUUUUACAAUGGAUAUAGAUUCAUGUAUGACAAAAUAUUGA